UCUCCGUGGCGCAGGACAGGACGGUCGCCACGCCUUCGGGGACGCGCUUUCUCAGCUCUGCGCCUGUGUCCGAUGUUCCCCGGUGUGAACACCCGUCCACAGCCGGGACAUCUGACAAGCUAUUACCAACAGACAUUUCGCCCACUUUCACCAAUCAGCCUGCGUCCGGCUCCACUUCUCCCACCGACAGUUGAACAGGCGGCGCGGUGAGCGCGCAUUCAUUUGGGAAUAUCUGGAGCGGCAGUUUAAUAUUGAUUCGACAUCGGAUCCAAGUCGGAUCAGAGAUGAGGAUCAAAGUGUAGUCCUGACAGGAAUGCCCCAGACUGUGUGCUCAGGCACCAUGUUCACCACUCCCAGUGGCUUCAGCCCCCAUCUGGCCUGUGCUGAGCCUGGGGAGGAGGCCCCACAGGAGGGCCCGGGGCCUGGUGCUUGCCUGGCCGAUGGGCCCCCGAUCACCUCCGCCUCCUUGGACACCCUGAUACAUAACCUGGUGCCAACUGCUGAUUACUACCCCGAGAAAGCCUAUGUGUUUACCUUCUUGCUGAGCGCUCGUCUGUUCAUCCCUCCUCCGGAGCUGCUGGCCAGGGUGUGUGAGCUGUGCAUCAAGCAGCAGCAGCUGGAUCAGAGCCCACUUGAUACGGCUAAAGUGCGCAAGUUUGGUCCCAAGAUCCUGCAGCUGCUGACGGAGUGGACAGAGACCUUCCCAUCUGACUUCAGGGACGAGAAGAUGGCCGUGUACCUGAAGGACAUCAUCCACAGGAUCGCUCCUUGUGAUGAGGCGUACUGGAAAACUCUGAACCAGGUGUUGCAGAAGCUCAGCCAGCGACUGGCCCUGAUGAGCCAGGGGGAAGAGAGCAUCCUCAAGGUCUCCCUCAACGCCUCUUCCAUCUCUGACAAGCUGGUGGCCUUCAAAACGAAGCCUCCGCACAUCCAGAAGGACGUGCUCUCCAUCUGCAACGACCCGUACACACUGGCACAGCAGCUUACCCACGUGGAGCUGGAACAUUUGCGUCAUAUUGGGCCGGAGGAGUUUGUCCAAGCCUUUGCUCAGAAAGACCCGCUUGAUGGAACCCAGCCAUGCUUCAGUGACCAGAAGAAGAAAACCUCCAACCUGGAGGCUUAUGUCAGGUGGUUCAACAGACUGUGUUACCUGGUGGCUACUGAAAUCUGCAUGCCAGCGAAAAAGAAGCAGAGGGCCCAGGUGAUAGAGUUCUUCAUUGAUGUUGCUCGGGAAUGUUUCAACAUUGGAAACUUCAACUCCCUUAUGGCCAUCAUCUCCGGUAUGAACAUGAGUCCUGUGUCACGGCUGAAGAAGACAUGGGGCAAAGUCAAGACGGCCAAGUUCUUCAUUCUUGAGCAUCAGAUGGAUCCGACGGGGAACUUUUACAACUACAGGACCGCCCUGAGGGGCGCCGCCCAUCGCUCUCGGACUGCCAAUAGCAACAGAGAGAGGAUUGUGAUUCCCUUCUUCAGUCUGCUGAUCAAAGACAUUUACUUCCUGAAUGAAGGAUGUGCCAAUCGGCUGCCAAACGGCCACGUCAACUUUGAGAAAUUUGUCGAGUUGGCAAGGCAGGUCCGGGAGUUCAUGACAUGGAAGCGGGUGGAGUGUCCAUUCGAGGAGGAUCGGGCCAUACUGCACUACCUCCACACUGCUCCCAUCUUCAGCGAGGAUGGACUCUACCUUGCAUCCUAUGAGAGUGAGAGUCCAGAAAACCAGGUUGAGAAAGACAGAUGGAAAGCACUCAGGUCUAACGUUCUGGGAAAGACAUGAAGCACUGACGGCAGACGACCAGCGAGAGAGCGUGUGUCAUUGCACUAAAAUGAACUGUGAAGUAACCGAGCUGGUACUUAGGUGUUUUUUUUAAAGAAAUUCUGAAAAAAAAGAAACAUGAUGAACAGGAUUCAUAAAGAAGAGUGUUAAAAAAAAUAAGUUUAAAUGACGAAGAACAAAUCACAAAAAGUUAAUUGAAAAGGUGAAGCUAUGGAAACUGGAGCAAAAUGCCCUCGCAGCAUAUCAGUGAUGAGGUACAGAAUGUUGGAGAGGGAACAGCCUCUCCUUCCCACUUCCCUCCAUGUGUGUUUACUCUGUGAAGAUAUGUUUACUACUAUAAAGAGUACAGUUACAGGGAAAAGCUCUUUAUAUAAUGAAAUUCCUACUGAUUGUCGUUUUUGUAUUUGCUCCUUCUCCCCUUUUUUCUCUCUUUAUCUUCACUGUUGGUCCAAAACCUUGUCUUGGUCUUUAAUUUGACUUUUUUUUCCCCCUUUAUGUGAAACGUACAGUAAUGAAACUUACAAUGAUGUGAAGGGCGCUGGCUAGCCCAUAUCAGCUGUCUAAUUUUAUAGGUCUACUGAAGGAAUGGCAUCUGUGUGUACAUGGGAGGACAGAGCACAUGCCUUGAGCAUUUUACCGGUUCAUCUCACGUGUACUUUCAUUUAUUUGUGAUCCAGAUAAUCAUACGUUCUUGUCCAUUUGGAUUGUCACGGUCUUGUUUUGCAUGAGAAUGACUGGAAAAGCCUGUUCAUUGGUCACCUAUUCUUGUAUUAUAAUUUAUUGUAUCUUAUUUGGGGGGGGGAUAUGAACUGUUUAAAAAGUGUUUACUACUUUUAAAUGUGUUGUGCCAGUAAUGCAAGACAACUACAGGAUAAGUUAACAGUCACAAUGGGAUCAAGGCCAGGUGUAGAUUGUGUACAGGUGACAUUUACCCCUUAUCUUUCUGCUCUUCGGGAAGUUUUCUCUGACUGACGUUCAGUUGUCUGAUUAUAUUUAUGGAGAUUUAUGUGCUGACAGAUGUAUAGUUUUUAUUGUAACUUUCCUUUACUGAUGAUGAAGUCCAACAGCAUUCUACAAUGGGUUAAUUUAACAAUUUUUAAAGGGGCAUUAAGUGUAUCCAACUUGAAAAAAUGACUACUGCAGACUUUGCAGUGAAUAUGUAUUGUUCCAUUCUGUGGAAGGACAAUAGUGAAUUGGAAAGGCUGUAAAGUAAAGAGGAAAAUGUGUGCCAUAAAUAAUUGGUUGUCCGGACAAUAUGGGUUCCUCUGACUUGAAAUGUGUUAUUUAUCAUUUUGUGGGAUUGUCAUGAGCUUUGUUUUUGGCAGUUUCGUUGUGGUUUGUGAGCCAUUGUAAAGGGUGGGUGGAGGGAGGAGAGGAGGGUUAUGGGGAAGUAUGUAAGUAUAAGCUUUUUUAAAACAGUCUUAUUCAGUUUGCUAUAAUUGAUUGAUGUCAGUGAUUUCUCUUUAGGAGCACCUUUCCCUGUCAAUGACAGACUGACUUUGAUUCUCCCUCUUCAUUUGUCAACGAUAAACUUACUUUCCCUGAAAUACAUUCCCCAGAUAAUUUAAGACUAAAGAGCCAGAGAUGCGACGUCCAACCUGCCCUUCAAGAUGAAGACAUGUUUUAAUAAAACAUAGCCUGUGUUGAACAUGUGUUUUCAAUGACAAUCGCAAUAUUUACAUAGCUAUUUUGAAUGGGGUCAUCACAUUGCCAAGUCCCUCUUUGAAUGUUUUGCUUUCACACAUCAAUUUGCUGUGUGCAGUUCAAGGACUGGAGUGCAGUUGAUGUUUUUCAAGGUUUUUGAGGCCAAGCAGACACAAUUUUGGACCCAACAUCACUGCAAAAUGUGUGAAUAGCCUUUAAGCCAUUAAUUAAAGUAAACCAUGCUUAGUU